CGAGCAGCCUUGUUGAUCGCGCUAGACGCGAGUUAGCUGCUGAUGGUUGGCAGAUACUAAAUCUACUUGUUCCUAGUAACACCUUUAUAUUCAAGUACAAAUAUAAUGCCUGAGCAUCAAUUGGCCUGGAGAUGAAUCUCGUGUUACAUGGAACUCUGAGAUAUAUCAGAACAAGUAUCAAGGCUUGCUUACAUUACAAUCCACUCACUCAACCAUCUAGGAUGACACAACUCACAGAGCUCAAUCGCAUCUCCAUUGCCGAAAUCAUUGUUUACACCCCUGCCCUAGCCAUCGCCAUAGUGCUCGCUAACCGCCAUGGCUUCAAAAAGGCAUCGGGCUGGCUCUACUUGAUACUCUUUUCCCUCAUCCGCAUCAUCGGCGCUGCCAUGGAUCUCGCCUCGACCCAACACCCCGGGAAUAACAGUCUUUCCUCUGGCACCAACGCCCUGAACAACGCCGGCGUGUCGCCCCUGAUCCUCGUGAGCGUUGGCCUGCUGACGCGGGUACUUGUGGGCUUGGAGAAGAGGACCAGCACGCUACUGCAGCCACGCAUGCUGCGCCUGAUCCAGCUGGCCGUCAUGGUCGGGCUCCUCCUCUCCAUCGUCGGCGGCAUCAAGUUUGGCAAUGAGUUGAGCGACGCCACGUCCAGACAACCCGUCGACGUCGCAGCACUUCGGUCCCUGAGCAACCCGACUGAGUCCCUCGCCGGGACUGCUCUCAUGAUACUGGGCUUCGUGGCCCUAGUGCUCGCAACUGCCAUGCUUUCCCUGCAGCUUCGGUCCGUCGAGCGUGGUGAGCGACGCCUGAUCGGCACCGUUGCUGCCACGUUGCCGUUUGUCCUCGUCCGCAUUAUAUACGCGGCCGUCGCGACGUAUCAUACAUGGAAUCCCAACUUCCACUCGUAUGUGGCUGGCCCGCACUAUUACGCCUACAUGAUCGGCAUGUGUGUUGUCAUGGAAAUGAUUACCAUUGUGAUACUCGAGGCAGUCGGCUUGACGCUGCAGCAGCUGCCUGGGGACGGGACGAGACCCGAAAUAGCCACCGGGUAUCCGAUGACGGAUUCUUCUGAUGGGCAGAAACCGUCAGGUACCCCGGAGUGGGGGAACAAUGGCUACAAUGCCUAGAAGGAUAUGAUUAUGAGCCGGGGAUAUGGUCGAGAGAGGACAGUGCACAUUGAUGAGACAAUGAUGAGAUGUAUUUUUGG